CUGUGCCUAAUACAUAAAUUAAGCUUUAUGAUAGGCAUGUAUGUAUAGGAAAAACCAUAAUGUACAUAGGGUUUAGUACUAUCCUCAGUUUCAGGCAUCCACCAGGGCUCUUGGGACAUAUCCCCUGUGGACAAAAGGGGGCUGCUGUAUGGUAACAUUAGGUGGCAAUGCAGCCAAGAUGGCAAUGAAAUCAACCUGUGUGGCCAGCGAUACCAUGUAAUAGUGCAAAAUAUUGUUCAUCAGCUGAUGUCAAAGUCUAGGCUGGAUGUCGUAACAGCCACUUAGGGCUGACAGUGCAUCGCGCAUGAAGAUGCAUCGCCGUCCUGUGUCCUUCGUGAGAAAGGACUGGAAGGAAAAAGGAGAAAACAAACUGUUCUAUUAAGGUAUUGCAGUUAUAGCUGAAAUGUGGGGUUUUUUUGUAAUUUAAUUAUUUGUCAUAGCUAUACAAUCAAUAAAAAUGGGAGAAAAACCCAGAGGUCAGCUUUGGUGGUGACCACUCCCCAGUUGAAACAAGUAUGUAUUAAUAGCUACUUGCAGCAGACUGGUGUUCCUCAUUAAUCUCACUAACAGCAAACUGCCUAGGAUAAAGACUGGUGUAUGGGAAGUUAGGGUGGUUCCUUCCAAUUUGACCCAAUAACUUUUUUUAACUCUUAUUAUAGAAAUUGCAGUCUCUUAUUUUAUAAAAAACAGCAAAAUGAAAAAUAGUGACAGUACCAAAUCCUGGCAAGGAUAUGGAGCAGCUGGAUUUCUCGUGCAUUGGGAAUGUGUGGUGGGAAUGGGAAAUGAUACCAACCACUCUGGAAAAUAGUUUAACAGUGUCUUAAAAAAUUAAACAUAUACUCACCAUUAUGACGCAACAAACUGCACUCCUGGCUAUUUACUCUAGAGAAAUAAAAACCUGUGUCUACAUAAAAACUUUUACCAGAAUGUUCAUAGCAACUUUAUUUAUAAUAGGAAAAAUCUGGAAACAAUUAAGAUGUUCUUCAGGUGGAUGGUUAAACAAAUUGGUACAUCCAUACUAUGGAAUACUACUCAGCAAUAAAAAAGAACAAACUGUUGAUACACACAAAAACUUGGAAGGAUCUCAAGAGAAUUAGGUUAAAGGUUCUUUUUUUCUUUGUUAAUCCAAUCUCAAAUCUGUCUGAUUCCAUUUACAGAAGAUUCUCAAAGUGACAAUUAUAGAGAUGGAGAACAGGUUAGGGAAUGGAACAGUUCUGUAUCUUGAUUGUGGUGGUUACAUGAUGCUACUACACCUGAUAAAAAACACGCACAUGCAUGUAAAUGAGUGCUGGUAAAAAUUGGUAAAAUAUGAAUAAGGUUUGUAGAUUGGACCAGUGUCAGUUUUCUGGUUUAAUAUUGUACUAUAGUUAUAUAAGAUGUUACCAUUGAAGAAAACUGAGUGAAGGGUACACAGACCCUUUCUGCACUGAUAUUCCUGUAAAUAUCUAUAAUUAGUUCAAAAUAAAAAAUUAACCAAGGUGGGGAGGGAGCUCAUUUGUUUGAGUCAGAUCUUUUCCAGGUCUUCCCUCCAAAGCUACACACUAGUAAAGUCUGUUACAAUACAGCUUCAGAGGCUCAAGGUAGGCUUGUCCCCAGAUCCCAGUGAUAUACUACAAUGGUGUCACUUGGACUAUAGAAAUAAUACUCUCAGGAAAAAAAGACAAGCAGAUUAUUACAUUUUGAGGCACUGGUACAAGAAAAAUAUUGUUACCUGAAUGCCCACGAAUAACAGCAACUGUUUGUUUCUGGGGUUGAAGUUGUAUUUCUAGGACUCCUUUUCAUUAAUUCUCUAGGAUUAUACACAUAGUGUUAAGGAAUGCUUUCUGAUAUAAUACACUGAUUUCUCAUUUACAUAUUGAUUGCAUGCUUCUCUGCAGGGUGAAUUUGUAAAUGAAUAUGUUGGCGAAUUAAUUGAUGAAGAAGAAUGCAGAUUGCGAAUCAAGCGAGCCCACGAGAACAGUGUAACUAAUUUUUAUAUGUUAACUGUUACCAAGGACCGUAUAAUUGAUGCUGGCCCUAAAGGAAAUUAUUCUCGCUUCAUGAACCACAGUUGUAAUCCGAACUGUGAAACACAGAAGUGGACAGUGAAUGGAGAUGUUCGAGUUGGACUGUUUGCUCUUUGUGAUAUUCCUGCAGGGAAGGAGUUAACUUUUAAUUAUAACCUGGACUGUCUGGGCAACGGCAGAACGGAGUGCCACUGUGGAGCAGAUAACUGCAGUGGUUUUCUUGGAGUGCGGCCAAAGUCGGCAUGUGUGUCAGCAACUGAAGAAAAGGCCAAAAAUGCCAAGUUAAAGCAGAAGAGACGAAAAAUCAAAACCGAACCAAAGCAGAUGCAUGAAGAUUACUGUUUUCAGUGUGGAGAUGGUGGAGAGCUGGUCAUGUGUGACAAAAAAGACUGUCCCAAAGCGUACCACCUCCUAUGCCUUAACCUGACUCAGCCCCCAUAUGGAAAGUGGGAGUGCCCGUGGCAUCAGUGCAACCAGUGCGGCAGUGCAGCUGUCUCCUUCUGUGAGUUCUGUCCACAUUCCUUUUGUAAAGAUCAUGACAAGGGGGCUCUGGUUCCCUCCACACUGGAAGGCCGUCUCUGCUGCUCUGAGCAUGACCCCGUGUCUCCUGUGUCAUCAGAAUACUGGAGCAAGAUCAAAUGUAAAUUGGAAUCGCAAGCUCAUGGAGAAGAAGUAAAAGAAUAAGUCGGUGGUGAUUUCCUUUUUUUUUCUUUUUAUUUAAAUGAAGAAAAAGGAAAAGCCAAAAGUGAAGAGAGAAUGCAUCAGUAGGAGAGACUGCUGCAGUGCACACAGCCUGGGCCGUCAGAACUGCCUUAUUCCAGUGAAAACGGGGAGCCCGUGCCAGCAGGCAGCAGCAGGGGUGGUAGCUGGGCUUUCUGAUUUGUUCUGUGGGUUCGGGAAUUCUUUUGUGAAGGGUUCGAUUCCAUUGGUCUUUUCUUGCCUUUUAUUGUGCUUCAAUGCCUUUGCAGCUGGAAAAAGAGAUGUGUUCGCUUUUAAAAUAUGAAGAGAAAAGAAAGUUUUGUUAAUGAGAUAAAUUUAAAAUCUAGGAUGUCUUCCUUGAGUGUAAAAAGCAAAAGUAGCCAUCAUUCCUUUAUUUAUUUUCUUUUUUUAAAAUUUUGAGAAGUGUAGUUCAGAUAGUCUAAUCAGUGUAUGUGUGUGUGUGUGUGUGUGUGUGUGUGUGUGUGUGUGUGUGUGUGUGUGUGUGUGUGUGUUUGAAGUAGGAAUUGGAGAAAGCCCUCUAGAAAAGGGUCUGACGAUCUUUAUAUACCUCUUUACGAGCAGUAGGUAGGCUAACUUCUCUUUCCCUUCACAAUGUCUUUCAUAGUCUUAGAGAAGGGUUCUGUGGGAGUAUCGAACUUGGCCUCUUGACAACAAAGUGCCUCAGUGGGUUUUACCUCUGUGGUCUUAAACCAAGUGGGCUUUGUGAUAUGAUAGCUUUACCUAAAAAGGUAUAUAAUGUGGUUUUGGGGUUUCGAAGAAAAAAGAAAUGGAUGUAAUUACUGAGUUUGAAAUGUUUUCCAUUGCCAGUGGGUAUUUUUGAUGAAGUGCGUUUAUGUGGACAUGAAUGCAUGGUUAGAAUGGUCAUUCCUGUUACCUUGACACACUGAUAAAGGCAGCUAAAGGGGGAUGAAAGGCACAGACCAAAAGUUGGCUCAUGUAAGCACCGUUUUCUGUCCAAUUUAAUGUAGAUCUUGGUCUGACUUGAAGAGAAUUAUGGGCAUUUUACUUUCUGUCUCUGUUUCCCUCUCCUAAUCUAACAUUCCCUUUGUCAGCCAUCACUUAAUCAUGUUUCCUGGUGAAAACUACUCAAAUUAAUUUAAUUGUAUUUGAAUAGCUUUUUUUUUUUGGUUUGGUUCCUAAUUUGGAGGGCAUCCCAAAAUUAUGUAAACAAUUUCUAUUAAGUAUUACCCAGUACUUAAAAUGGCCCCCACUGAGGAAGGGUAAGCACUUCUACGGGAUAUGUAAGAGGCACACAAACACACUUCGUCUUAGGAAGUACUUAGGGAAAGCUCCCAAGAAAGCAGUGUUAGCGAAAAUGGUGGGCUGUGAUGCUCGGAUCUCAGAUCAAGUGUACUAAGGUGUCUGCCCACAAACUCACUUGCUUUUAAUGCUUAGGAAUAUGUAUAUUCCAAUAUUCCUUGUAUGAAAUAAUUAGUAAUGUCAGACAUUGUUGUAACACUGUACUAAGUAGAAGUCUAGAAUUAGCUUGAAUGAACGUUAACUUUCUCUGUGAAUUUUGACUGCUUAACAAUUGCUGGUACCUGGUAGCAUUUAUUUUCCCUCAAGAAAUACCUAGUAACCUUACGAAGGUCGGGAGUACAGAUGCUCCAGCACAUCCCUUCAGUUGUGUUGUGUGUGUUCCUUUUUCUUAUCAAUUUAGAGCUCUUCUCUGGAAAAAAGAAAAAAAAUGUGUUUUGUGCCUCUCCUUUUUUUGGUAUGUAAAUGUGUAAUUAUACUGGAUUUUUCUCUUGUAAAAAAAAACACUACAUUUCUUUUACUUAAGCUCCUAAACUGCCAUUUGCCUGAUUCCAGCAGUUAAUUCUGAGGUAACUUAUUGGGCCUCCAACAAUUCUAUUGAUUAGAUAUGGUCCCAAAAGAAAGAGCAAAAUGGAAAAUGCUGUACAUGUUACCAACCAUAAUUGCUACAAAUAACAUGAAUUACAGCUCACUGAAACACUGAACUUUGCUCUUGAGCGAUUACAUAGUUUGAUGUCCUUUUAAGAAAUAAUUUAAGAAAAUCUAGGUUUUAUCAUACUAAAACUUUAUUUUAUAUAUGUAUAUGAUAAAUGUUUGCAGUUUUAAACUUACUAACAUGAAGGAUUUCCUUUAGUAUUUGAAAUGCACCUCUUGUUGAAAUAGUAUCCAACAUAAACUUAUCUCCUUGCUUUGUUUUGGACUUAGUGCUGUUUAAUAUCUGAUGACUUUUAUAUGGUAAGCCAGGGUAUAUCCAAAUACUACAGAUACCUUAGGUUUAUUUUUAUGCAUCUUCUGCAUUGUGUCAUAUUUUGUUGAUAUGUCUGUAACAGAGCUCUGCUGAGAUUUCGUAAUCUUUUGGGGGGUAGGGGUGGAAGACUAAUAGGAUUAUUCUACCAUUUCAGAAAUCAGGAUAGAAAACAAUAGCGAACCAUAGCUCUGGAGUCUUUGUCCAUGAAUGUUCUUUAAUGGUCUAAAAAGUGGUUUUAGUUACGCCAGUGCCAAGGAGCUCUCCUUACACCUCCAUAGCGUCACUGUUGACCUAUUUUAUAUAUUGUAAAGCUGCAGGUUCUGGAAGCAGAAAAAGAGUAAGCUGUGCUUUGUGUGUGCAUACUAUGUGUGCUUGCCUGUGCUUCAUCAGUGAAAUAUUCCAAGACCUAUUGCUCACUUAUAGUCUGAGGGUGGUAUUUAUUAACUUUUAAAUCUAUAUGUGUCAAAGCAUAAAAGGUUGGUUUUUAUUCUUGUCCCAAAAUGAAAUAACUUAAAGCAGCAUGGGAUAAUGGUAUUUUUUGUAACCUCAUGUUAAUUCUUUGAAGGAAGGAGUGAAUGUAAGAUUUUUGAUAAGCAGUAUAAAGCUUCAGAAAUUGGAUUGGUAACAGCUAAAGAUAAAAUCCUGGGGAAAAUUCCAGGCACUGUGCAGUAGAGGGAGGGGCUGCACCUUGGCUGGUCUGAGGAAUCAUUCAUUAGAGAUGCCGGGAGCGGGAGCGGGAAUCCGGAGGCGGGAUGAGGGCCCUUCCUUCCUUGAAGGCUGAAGCAGCUGGAGGGCGAUUGAUGUCUUCAGUAUCUAAUCAGGACUAGAGUUAAGGAUGAGGUGGGGUUUAUUUUCAUUUUUGAUUUAACAAGUUCUCACUGUCUUAAUUCUGAAAAAAUGAUCUGCUGGCUUAAAUUAUAGACUAGGCUGACUUUUAGAAUCAUUGAAACAUGGAGAUUUCUUUGUGUUCAAGUAAGGAACAUAAUCUAAAAUUUUUUUUAAAUAAUAGUAAUGGGGGCAGGUAAGCUGCCCCCAGCUCCCUUCUGCCAUUUCCAAAUAUUUGGAAACAUGCCUGUAAAUAAUGUUUUGAAACUGAGAUAAUCAUGUAAAGGACUCUCAGACAUAACAGGCUGUUGGACAACUUUCUUUCCUGGUUCAUGAAGUAGUUUCCUUUUUGAGGAGUUUGUCAUAUGGUGUGUGUGUUCCAAUAGGAUCAAACCCAGAUCUGCAGUUUGGAAACGAUACACAGUCCAACAACUCUGGACUACCCAGGAUUUGUUGCUUGUCUUUCAUUUUUAAAUACAAAGCUCUUCCUUUAGCAUUUACCUUAAAGUCAAGGUGCUGCUACUUGCCAUGUCCCAACAGGCCAAGAAGACAGGUUACCAUGGAGUCCUUACAGCUUGGGAAGCUUAUGUUUGAUGUACCUGUACAUGAGGUACGACGACAUUGGGAAGUUGCUUUAUUGGCAGUGCACAUUAGACUUGAAUUAUUUCUUAGGAGGCUGAUGCUCAAGCCACUCCCAAGUUGCUGCAGACAUGAAGUGAUCAUUUGGAACAAUUUCCUUUGGCCCUCGGCCACGUAGAAUUCGUCUCUGGUUAUUUGUAAACAAUGAGUAGAAUUUGCUUCCAUUUUCAGAUAGGCUAGGGAAUACAUACAAUUAGACAGCUUUGUCAUGUAUUAAGAAAUAUUGAAAAGUUGGAAAUUUGUAUAUACUGAAACCUACCAACUUUUAUCUGGGGUGGGACACAGGGAGAAAAGGGGGUUAUAGUAGGGUAACGGAGGGGAAUGAUAAUGUUUACCACAGGUACGAAGUAGUCACUUUAACAUUGAGACCUCUGCCUCAUUGAAUUCAGGUUUUUUAAGUACUUGAAAUUAUUCAGAUUCUCCUUAUUUUACCAGUUAUUUUAAAAUUUAUGAAGUAGAAAGCAUUGUUUUAUAUACUGUUUUGAAAAUAAAUAGCCUAGUCUCUUAUCCUCUUUAACUUGGAUUAAAGGUGAAGUUCUGCAAAUAGGAGAGUUUAUUCACAGUAAAUAUCUCAGACUUAAAAUGUACACACUUGAGGAGGAGACGCCUGCAUGAGAUACCAGCAGCCUUUUUAUGAAUAUUUCCUAUGUAUGUUCUUUAUUUUGUCAUUUUGUCAACCCAAGCACCCCUUCUUUCUUUUUAAUAUAUGCCUGUGUAGGGAAUAAAACAAAAAUUUGCACUUAUGUUACACUCCUGAAAUGCUGGGUGUAACCUGUGUGUUUCAAAAACCAUUUCCGUUCUUUUUUCGUCAGUCCAUUGCUUAAGUGACAAGUUCAGGUGCUUGUGGCACAUAUGUGUGAAGGGGGAGGAAGAGAAUUACCUGUACUUCGGUAGCCUCUAAGAGUCAUUAACGUGUAAGAAAAAGGGAAAAGUUGAAUAGUUGCCAAAGUCAUUUAUUCAGUCCUCAAUUUUCUUAUGUGACAUUGCUGUAUUUGCAUAUUGGCAAGAAAUCACCUUCAAGCUCCAGGACUCCCCUUCCCUACCAGCCACAGACUUCUGAUAUGUGUGAAUGGCUCUCAAUACCCAUCAGAUUACCUAGAUAAGGUAUUUGUAAGGUAUUCUUGUCAGUUUAGAAGUGGACUGGAUAAAAUUUACUUUGUUGUCGUUUAUAUUGCUCUUUAUUUCAUUUGUGCUGUUACAUACCCUAUGUUAAAAAAGAAAAUCAUAUUGCCACCGACAACCAAGAUGCUAAACGAUGAUUACAACUGGCUAAUAAGAUUCUUUUUAUAUACAAGGGUGUGUGCAUAAUUGGAAUUGUUAUAAGUUCAUUUGUAUCCACUUGUAAUAUUGCACAACAGAUACCUACAGAUUCUGUUUUCAUUUCCUUGUGAUCUUUUAUGAUAAUGACCUUUGUAGAUUGGUUAUUUCUGUACUUUGUUUAUCUGUAAUAAACUUUGUAGAUCCUGUGAAAUGUUAUUUUGCCUAAAUCACUUGAGACUUGAGUCUUUAAUAACAAAGCAUCAAUAUUCACUAAAGUCAAUCUCUUGAGUUUCUGUGACUUCGCUAGAAGCUUGACACUAAGGGGUUAGUGUUAAUUUUCCCUGGGGGUGUUCCACUAGGGCAUUACUGUAUAUUUACUUCAUGUUGCCACACAGACUUCAAGAUACAUGAUAUUUUGGGGAUUUUGUUGAUUGGCCUAUGUUUUAUUGCAUAGUGUGAAAUGUGCAAAGCUUGGUUAACCUGUAUAUAGGUAGCUUAUUGUUGACUAGUUAUAGUGUAUUUAGGAUUGCCUGUACUAUUAAAGCUGCUUACUACUGUGUGUGCUGGUAGAAACAUAUAAUUUUUGUAUAUUAUAUUUACUGAGAUGUUGCCUUUUUUGUUUUACAAAUACUUUGGAAUUCUAAUGUGUUUUUUUCCUUUUGUGAGGAUUAAUUUGGAAAGGUUUUUAAUGACAUUCCACUGAUUUCAGAUUUUGCUUGAGAUUGACUUCAAUAAAUUGUCCUGUAUGUUCCAAAUUAAA